GCCAGGAAUUAGAAUCAGUUUCGAAACGGAACUCUUUAAGUCACGAACGUGUUCCAGGUCAGAAACAAAGUGCAAACCAAAAUUUAAACAUACUCAGAACAACAACAAGCCUUAGAAAGAAGUAGCACGAUUCGUUCGUAGAAAGUCAAAACGAGACACACAUACUUUUGUGUUCAAAGUCAUCUCUCAAAAAUGUAAUUCUGAAUUGUGUCUGGUCUCACAUCAUCAAUAUUUAGCAGAGCAUUAAAUUGUGUGAUUACAUUACUGCUUUACACAAAACUAUAUUAAAAAUACAUUUAUUUAAAGCUUAAGUCUUAGUGUUAUAGAAACUUUCUUCAAAUGAUCAUAAAUAAAUUAAUUAUUAUCGAAUAGGCUGUGAUAUAAAUCUUGAAAAUGAUUGAGCUAUCAGCAAAGUUAACAACUGGCACAGUUUACUUAGCUGGAGAGGCUUUAGAAUGCUGCAUAUCGUUUUGUUAUACUGCACAACCAGAACACAGGAACUCACAAAGUCACUGUGAUGCCUUAGAAAACUUAGCAUGGGCCUCAGCACAGAUCCAUUGUUUCUACUCCACAUCAAAGAACACUGGUGAUAAGACUCCAACAAUUGGGAAGACAACCUCUUUAGAAGUGACCUCCUGUGAUAUUGGAGAUGUUGUGUUUCAUACUAAACCUAAAAUACUCUUCUGUGAUUUGACUAUUCCUUUAGGGGAGACUAAAACAUUCUGGUAUAGAGAAUCAUUACCAAUAGAAGCACCACCAUCAUACAGGGGUACAUCGGUCAAAUACUCCUAUAAAAUCACGAUAGCCACCCAGAAAGUUGGCUCCCACAUCAAAAUGGUCAGGAUUCCAUUCCGAGUGCUACCCAUCAGUCCAAUCAUGAAUGUUCAGGAUUUAGCAGCUUUAUGCGGCAAUGAGACUACAGAAGAACUUCAGCCAACUAACCCAUUUUCUGAAGAAAGGAAGGUUGAAACACCUUUGACAAUGGCAUUACAGGUUUUACAGAAUCUCACGGCUAGAAGAAGUCCCAAUUCAUACAUGAUAACGAACACUAGAGGGAAGGUGGGCCGCUUCUGCCUGUUCAAGUCGGCGUACAAGUUGGGCGAAGACAUCGUCGGCACGUUUGACUUCUCUGUCGGCACUGUUACUUGUAUGCAGGUGUCAGUAUCACUACAACCCGAGGAAGUAAUAAAAUCCAAGUCUCCAGCUAAGAACGUUAACAAGGAUACGAGCAGUAGAUCCAUGACGGUAGCGAGAUACCAUGAGGUGACGCUAGGACUGACGCAGUCACAGCUGAUCCUGCCGAUACCUCUGCAUAUCACACCGGCUUUUGAAGUUGAUGAUGUAUCACUAAGUUGGCGUCUACACUUCGAAUUUGUGACUACAAAUGAGAAACUGCUACCAAAUCCAGAGGAUAAGGAUUGGACGGCGCCUCUUAACGUGCCUAUAGAGACCAUGGUGUGGAACUUACCUGUCAAGAUAUACUCAACACUGCCCAAGCAGAUCACACAGCAUUCUAUUGUAAAUGAUGCUUAUACCAUGUAUAUAAAAUGAUAAUUUAUGUAAAGAUGAGGG